AGAAUGUACCAUCAUUAAACUUGUAAGGGGUUGGCAGUCUGUUCCCCUACCAAAACAUCCUCCUUUGGAUUCGUCCGUCACCCGGAAGAGCACUGAGGCUGCUCACUCCCUCCCUUUCCUCUGGCAGCCAUCAGAGAUAAUGGCUAAGAUCAAGGCCCGAGAUUUGCGUGGUAAGAAGAAGGAAGAGCUGCUGAAGCAGCUGGAUGACCUCAAAGUGGAACUGUCACAGCUCAGAGUUGCUAAAGUGACAGGAGGUGCUGCUUCAAAGCUCUCUAAGAUCCGCGUUGUGCGCAAGUCCAUUGCCAGAGUUCUGACUGUGAUCAACCAGACACAGAAGGAAAACCUGAGGAAAUUUUACAAAGGUAAGAAAUACAAGCCUUUGGAUCUGAGGCCAAAGAAGACCCGGGCCCUUAGGCGCCGCCUAAACAAGCAUGAAGAGAGUCUGAGGACAAAGAAACAGCAAAGGAAAGAUCGUCUCUACUCUGUACGCAAAUUUGCUGUCAAGGCUUAAGUGUCGUUCUAAAUAAAAUUUGGUUUGGCUUAA